AUGGCUCUGAUUCAAAGAAGCCCAGGAUGCAUCCUUAGCUGCCUGGCAGCUUGCUUCUCUACAACUGCUCUCGCCACUUUCAUUACACUGUUCGCAGCGUCCGUCCUUGUAUCCACCCCCAUACAUAUGCAAGCUACGGUAGCUGCUGUGUUUGACAUUCUGGCUAUCACGAUCCUUUUCGUCUUCGUUGUCUUUUAUACCUGUACCGCUCGCAACCUCCAAUCUUACAAAUGGGCUCUAGCCGUUGCAGUCCUCUUGCCAUUUACAGUUGCAAUGAUCAUGUCGAUCUACGUUCUUGGCUGGAUGUAUAACAAUCUACCACUUAUCGAGACACACUAUCGCUCUGAAUAUCUCGCAUCCAUGGUCGCCGCGGCUCUCGCGAUGUGGACCCUAUCGCUCAUCACUCUCGGUGUUUAUGGUGGGCUCUACUGGAGAUCGAAAUCAUCAUUGCCCGAUUCUGUUCUUUUCACAUCAGACCCACUACAAAGCUGUAUGGACCUGGGAGAACACAAGACUCAAGCCCUCUCUUUAGACACUCUCUCACCUUACGCACCGAGCUUCAAUCGACCAAUGUCCACAUUCUCCGAUGCUUCCGAAGAACAGUCAACCGGCAUCAAGUCUAGUGUUCGCAAUUCCGUGCAACAGUUCCUCCGUAAGGGUUCGAAGAGCCCACGCAAGCAGUCAAAGGAGACUGUACGAUCAGACUCGAUAUCCGAGCGCAGACCAUCCGAUGGAUUUGAGACUUGGAGCGUUGCACCUAAUCCUACCACAGUUGAGGCAACAGAUGCUUUGACGGCACUGCGCGUCGCACAACCACACCGACUCGAGACCAUUCCUGGCAGUAGACCAGUAUCCCCCGCCCAUCCUCUCGAUGGACCUUUCCCAGAGGCAUGUGAGGAAGACGAAGAGGCUGACGAAGUGCCCGAGUCACCCGACUUUCCUCCUUUUGCUCCAUCCUUACACCGCCGUCCAUCACACCAACAGAUGAACCAGGAUCAGACCCAUAUUCAUCCCUUGUUCCGCAGUGAUAGUCCUUUGCCCUCUCCUGCUGCUUCUCCAGGCACCAUCAUCACCUCUUCACCAUUCGCUGGCCAGGUCGUCAGCCCUAGUGAUGUCGCGUUCGGCUCCCGCAGCCGUAAAGGCUCUGCAUUGAGUUCACGACCAUCCAGCCCAAACAGUCUCAUUCGCUCUGAGGUCUCGCAGCACAACAAAGACCUCGCAUGGCAUUGA